AUGAUAUGUGGUGAUACAAGGUCGCCUCUUGUUGUCAGAAUCGGAGAGAAGGGACUCAUCUGGGUCAAAUCGACGUCAAGUAGAAAACCAGUGCAUGACGCUCAUUUGCACAUAGGCGUCAAUGCCAUUGACCUCCUUCUCAGGGCUCUAAAGGCGCCUAAGAGCCUAGAAUGGAAGCUAUCGAAGGUAAAUGAGGACGUGAAGGUAGUGAUUGAGACGGUCCAGUGUAUUUUGAUACUUGAGCGAAUCACUGUCAGUGUUGGGUCUCUUUUAGGAGGCACCACUCCUAAUCUUGUCCCUGAUGCGACAUCUGCUGCAGCUGAUAUACGAAUCGUCAUGGGUAUUUCAGCAGACGAUUCUGUCAGAAAAACAUACAAACGCCUUGAUGACCUUCAAGGGGUUAGUUUCCGUGGGUUGCGCAGUAUAGUCUCUUGGAUAUGUCCGUCAGAGGACUUUGUGAAGCUUUCUCUGGAAGUGUCUAGAUCUGUGGUGAGGCCCCGGGCGGCUGUCAACAUGCGCGUAGGUGCUUCUGAUUCCCGGCUCUUCCGUAAGCGCGGGAUUCCGAUGGCUGUUGCUGGCCUGACACGGCAUGGAAUGGGAGGGGCAGAUGAACACUUGAUGGCCGAAGAAUUGGUCUAG